CGCUCCCGCUCAGCCCUCGGGAAUCUGCAGAAGGCGGAAAGGCUGUCUGCGCGCCUGGGUUUUGGGGGGCUCCUGGUGUUGGGGGGGGUUGCUCCAGACCCUCGAGAGCCAGCUGGCGGCCCCCGCCUCGGCCCCCCCGUGCCCCCGCCGGCUCCCGGGACGGUGCGAGGCAGGACAGCACACAGGCUGCCCGAGCCUCCCCUGGGGAGGGGAGGGGAAGGAGGUGGAGUGGGAGGAGGUGGAUCCAGGAGGAAGGCGCAGCAAUCCGCCCCCGGGAAGCAGCGCGGCGGCGGCAGCGGCGGCUGAGCGAGGCGCGUUCGUCUGUCACCGGCGAUCCCAGCGCGGCCCCGGCCGGAGAGGCGAGGCGGGCGAGGAGAGAGUCCGGCGGCCGCCGCCCCGCCCCACGCCCUCCCGCGGCGGGCGGCCGAGAGCCCGGGGCCGGCCGGGGCAGGUCGCGGCGCUGCCUGGGAGCGGCCGGCCGGGGGCGGCGGCCUGGGAGCGCGGCGGCGGAUCGUUCUCGCUGCGGGGUGCGCGGAGCGCUGCGCCCGGGCGCUCGGCCCGCGUCCUCGGGACUCAGCUCAGCUUGGGGAGCCGACGCCCGAGCCCUCCCCACCCUCCGGGACUCCUCUGGGACUCCCUGAAGUGGAACCAGAAGGAAGGGGCCGGUUGUCUGCAGUGGGCCUCACCAGCUGCCCUGGACGGGACCUGUCGUCUUUGUUUUUUUAAAUCUGGAGACAUGGACGGAGACAGUGCAGUCAGUUGACACCGACCUUCCGAAGAAGGGACUUCAUUCACACACCCACCCCCCCUUGGCACCUGACUUCUCUGGCCUUCCUGCCCCGCACCUCCUCUGGCCCUGGAAUUCUCUUCCUUGGUGUGUGCUGGCAUUGCCCCCUCAAUGUGGACCCCUAAAGGCUGGCCCCUUCUUUGUCGUUUGAAAUGAAAUGAUGGCCACACAUCGGACCGGUCUGACGGAGGGAGAUGGUGACAAACUCAAGGGCUACGGGUCCCCAGUCUGCGAGGUGUCAAAAAAUCAAGAUGGAAAGGAACAAAGUGAAACUGUAUCACCGUCCGAAGAUGAAACAUUUUCCUGGCCAGGCCCCAAAACAGUCCUGCUCAAGAGAACAUCUCAAGGAUUUGGCUUUACCUUACGCCAUUUCAUUGUUUACCCCCCCGAGUCUGCUAUUCAGUUUUCAUUUAAGGUAAGAGGCAUUGUUUCAAUACUUUGGAAGCAAAGAAACCGCCUGGAACCAAUGGACACCAUAUUCGUUAAGCAGGUCAAAGAAGGGGGACCCGCUUUUGAAGCUGGACUAUGCACAGGUGAUCGAAUUAUAAAGGUCAAUGGAGAAAGUGUUAUUGGAAAGACCUACUCCCAAGUAAUUGCUUUAAUUCAAAACAGUGACACAACAUUGGAACUUAGCGUUAUGCCAAAAGAUGAAGAUAUUCUCCAAGUGCUGCAAUUUACAAAGGAUGUCACAGCUCUGGCGUAUUCUCAAGAUGCCUACCUGAAAGGCAAUGAGGCCUUCAGUGGCAAUGCCCGCAACAUACCUGAGCCACCUCCGGUGUGCUACCCCUGGCUGCCAGCUGCCCCUGCGGCCCCGGUCCCACCCGCAGAGACAUCUCCUGAUCCCCUGGCCAGCAAACAACAGCCCAGUGCCCCGGUACUGACUCAACCCGCCAGGGCGUAUAGAAUGGAAAUCCAAGUGCCUCCGUCCCCAACAGACGUUGCAAAGUCCAACACUGCCGUGUGUGUUUGCAACGAGAGCAUCAGGACUGUCAUUGUACCUUCUGAGAAGGUGGUAGACUUGUUAGCCAACAGAAACAGCCACACAGUUCCUUCCCACAGAACUGAAGAAGUGAGGUACGGCCUGGGCGAGCUAGCCUCCUUCAAGACGGUGUCUAGAGCCUCCACAUCUCCACCAUCAUCCAUCCCCACGGCCCAUCUGAUCCAAACCCCCACAGCCCCCCGGCUGUCGGACCCUUCUGGAGUGGUUCUCAAACCCGGCCACUACAGCAGCCACUCAGAAGGACACCUGGGGAGCCGAUCCCAGCCCGCGGACCCCCCUUCUGUCUCUGCGAAUCACUAUUCCCCCAACUCCCACCAGCACAUAGACUGGAAGAACUACAAGACGUACAAAGAAUACAUCGACAACAGACGCUCGCACAUGGGCUGCAGGACCAUCCAGGAGAGGCUGGACAGCCUGCGGGCAGCGUCGCAGAACUCGGGGGAUUAUAACCAGGGGACCCCCAGCCGCUCAGCCCUGCAGGGACGCCGGAGAAGCACCUCCCACGACCGGGGACCCCAGUCGGCCCAGAUCCGCCAACGCAGCGUGUCCCAGGAGCGGCUGGAGGACUCGGUGCUGAUGAAGUACUGUCCCCGCAGUGCCUCCCAAGGGGCACUGACUGCCCCCCCUGUGGGCUUCAGCAACCACCGGACGCAUUCCUGGGAUUACAUCGAGGGCCAGGGGGAACCCCGAGAACAACUCAGCCCUGACGGCCAGCUCCCUGAUGCCAACGGGGAACGCAAACAGACCUACAAGUGGAGCGGCUUCACCGAGCAGGACGACCGGCGGGGCAUCCCCGACAGGCCCAGGCCCCAGGAAGUCCACAAGUCCUUCCGAGGCUCCAACUUCACCGUGGCACCCAGCCUGGCUCCCGCUGACCCCCGGAGAGUGGGGGGCCGAGGCUUGAGCUCCGGGGUGCCCUUAAAAAAGGUCCCACCAGACCUGAAGACACCACCACCCUCCAGCCGGAAUUUUCCAGCCACCUGCGGGAUGUCCCUGCCCCGGGGCUUUUCUUCGCAGGACCGGUCACCCCUGGUCAAAGUCCGGAGCCACUCUCUGAAAGCGCCUUCUCCUCCGCACCCCUCCAGGCCCCCCUUCAGCCAGAACUCCCUGGCACCUGUCAGAGACCAAAGACUGGUGAACCACUUGCAUCAGAACAGCCUCUCCAGCCCGCAGGCCUGGGGGAGACCCGAAGGCACCCCCGACUCCCCACCGGAGACUGGGAAGCCCCCUCCUCCCCUUAAGCCUGUCACCCAGGCCAGCGAUGCCCCUGGCCCUUCAGACUCAGACCCCUCUGUCUCUCAGGGGAACCAGGACCUACACUUGCAGGAGGCUGAACCACAGCCCCUGGAGUCUUCAGAGGCGGUCAUUCUGCGAGAGAAGCCCCCCUCUGGCCGCCAGACACCCCAGCCCCUGAGGCACCAGUCCUACAUCUUGGCUGUGAAUGACCAGGACAGCGGGUCGGACACCACCUGCUGGCUGCCCAACGACGCUCGCCGAGAGGUCCACAUAAAGAGGAUGGAGGAGAGGAAGGCCUCCAGCUCCAGCCCACCGGGGGAUUCCUUGGCUUCCAUCCCAUUCAUAGAUGAACCCACCAGCCCUAGCAUCGACCACGACGUGGCUCACAUCCCCGCCUCUGCCGUCAUCUCCGCCUCCACCUCCCAGGUCCCCUCCAUCGCAAACGUGCCUCCCAGCCUCACGACUUCCGCUCCUUUAAUUCGACGGCAGCUCUCCCACGACCAGGAGCCUAUUGGACCUCUCAGCCUAGAUGCCCAGCCCAACUCAAAGACAGAAAGGUCAAAAUCCUACGAUGAAGGCCUGGACGAGUACAGGGAAGAUGCAAAAUUGUCCUUUAAGCACUUAUCCAGCUUGAAAGGCAUCAAGAUCACAGACAGCCCGAAAUCAUCAGAAGACUCUGGGUCCAGAAAAGAUUCUUCCUCCGAGGUUUUCAGUGAUGCCGCCAAGGAAGGCUGGCUCCACUUCCGACCCCUGAUCACGGAUAAGGGCAAGCGAGUUGGCGGAAGUAUUCGGCCAUGGAAACAGAUGUACGUUGUGCUUCGGGGCCACUGCCUUUACCUGUACAAAGAUAAACGAGAACAAGUGACUCCAUCAGAAGAGGAACAGCCCAUCAGUGUUAAUGCCUGCCUAAUAGACAUCUCUUACAGUGAGACCAAGAGGAAAAAUGUGUUUCGCUUGACCACAUCAGACUGUGAAUGCUUGUUUCAGGCUGAAGACAGAGAUGAUAUGCUGGCGUGGAUCAAGACCAUCCAGGACAGCAGCAACCUCAAUGAGGAGGACACUGGAGUCACAAACAGGGAUCUCAUUAGUCGAAGAAUAAAAGAAUAUAACAGUCUGAUGAGCAGCAAACCGGAACAGCUGCCCAAAACCCCUCGCCAGACUCUCAGCAUCCGGCAGACGUUGCUUGGUGCUAAAUCUGAGCCAAAGACUCAAAGCCCACAUUCGCCCAAGGAAGAGUCAGAAAGGAAACUUCUCAGCAAAGAUGAGACCAGCCCUCCCAAAGACAAAGGCACGUGGAGAAAAGGCAUCCCAAGCAUCAUGAGGAAGACAUUUGAGAAAAAACCAACUGCCACUGGGACCUUCGGCGUCAGGCUAGACGACUGCCCACCCGCCCACACCAAUCGGUAUAUUCCGUUAAUAGUUGACAUAUGUUGCAAACUAGUUGAAGAGCGAGGUCUCGAGUACACAGGGAUUUACAGAGUGCCUGGAAACAAUGCCGCCAUCUCUAGUAUGCAAGAGGAGCUCAACAAGGGCAUGGCCGACAUUGACAUUCAAGAUGAUAAAUGGCGAGACCUGAACGUGAUAAGCAGUUUGCUCAAGUCCUUCUUCAGAAAACUCCCUGAACCUCUCUUCACAAAUGAUAAAUACGCCGACUUCAUUGAAGCCAACCGGAAAGAAGACCCUCUAGACCGUCUGAAAACACUGAAAAGACUAAUCCACGAUUUGCCUGAACAUCAUUACGAGACACUUAAGUUUCUUUCGGCUCAUCUGAAGACAGUGGCAGAAAAUUCAGAAAAAAAUAAGAUGGAACCAAGAAACCUAGCCAUCGUGUUUGGCCCCACUCUUGUGAGGACGUCAGAAGAUAACAUGACCCACAUGGUCACCCACAUGCCAGACCAGUACAAGAUCGUGGAGACGCUGAUCCAGCACCAUGACUGGUUUUUCACAGAAGAAGGUGCAGAAGAACCUCUUACAGCAGUGCAGGAGGAAAACACAGUAGACUCCCAGCCAGUGCCAAACAUAGAUCAUUUACUCACCAACAUUGGAAGGACAGGAGUCUCGCCCGGAGAUGUAUCAGAUUCAGCUACUAGUGACUCCACAAAGUCUAAGGGUUCUUGGGGAUCCGGAAAAGACCAGUACAGCAGGGAACUGCUCGUCUCCUCUAUCUUUGCGGCCGCCAGCCGCAAGAGGAAAAAGCCCAAAGAGAAGGCACAACCCAGCAGCUCGGAAGACGAACUGGACAGUGUGUUCUUCAAGAAGGAAAAUGCCGAGCUGGGUCCCAGCGAGCUCAGAGAAGACCCCAGGAGGGAAGGCGAGGUGGCGGGCAGGAAGCAGUGGCCCCCGGUCUUCAAGGAAAACCACACCAAGAAAGACAGCGGCGCCCCGAAAGGAGACAAGGCAGCCCCCCGCAAGGAGGACGCACCCCCAGAGGCAGCAUCCCUGGCGCCCCACGCCAAACACAGGUCACCCGCCCUGAGCUGCCGCCUGCCCAGCAUCCCAAGGGAGAGCCCCAAGUCCCUGCCGGGGACCCCCAAGGCCUCCCACCUGGAGGAGAUGGGGUCUGACUCCGGCACUCUGCUUAGCACCUCUUCCCAGGCUUCCCUGGCCCGCUGCCCCCCCAAGAAGCCCGGCAGCAGCCCGGAGACUAGGCACCGGGACUUCCUGGCCACGGUCAGCACCAUCACCUCUGACUAUUCCACCACGUCCUCGGCCACCUGCCCCCCCAGCCUGGAUUCCAGCCGGCUGAGCCCCGACGUGCGCUCGGUGGCCGAGAGCCGGGGAGACGAGGCGGACGACGAGAGGAGCGAGCUCAUCAGCGAGGGCCGGCCAGUGGAGACAGACAGCGAGAGCGACUUCCCCGUGUUCCCGGCCUCGGAGCGCCUGGCCAGGGGGAGGCCGCCCCCCCCGGAGGCCGGGAAGCUGGGCCGCUGCAGCUCCGAGGGCAGCGAGGCCAGCUGCACCGAGGGCAGCUUGACCCCCAGCCUGGAGGCCCGGUGGCCGCCCUUCAGCUCCCACAAGCUCAUCGAGUGUGACACGCUGUCCAGGAGGAAGUCGGCCAGGUGCAGGGCCGACGGGGCAGGUGGGGAGGCCAAGGGCGACAGGGACAGCCCCGCCGCGCUCAGCAGGGUCUUCGAUGUCAUGAAGCGGGGCAGAUCCACGGGGAGCCUGCUCCCCACCAGCAGAGGCGACACGGACAAGCUGGAGCCCACCUGGAAGAGCAAGAUAGCCGACCGCUUGAAACUGUGGCCCAGGGCCCCGGCCGAGGACCUGCUGGGGGUGGGCGGCCCAAAAGGCAGCGCCGAGCCGACCCGGAGGAAGCACAUCAAGCGCAGGCACACCCUGGGCGGCCACCGCGACACUGAGAUGAGCGCCCUCAGCUUCUGGAGGGCGCAGGAGCUGUCGGCCGUCAGCAGACUGCGGCCCAAGUGCCCGGCCCAGGACCUGUCCAUCACCGACUGGCUCACCCGGGAGCGCCUGCGGGCCAGCUCCUCGGACCUGAGCCCAGCCCCAGACCCCCGGCCCGAAAAGCCGGGCCCCCUGCUGGAAACAGCCAGAACAGACGCCCCUUCCUCCUCCUCCUCUCCCUCCAACUCCUGCUCUGCACAGACCCACACAGGCAGCCCUCCAGGUACCUCGGCUUCCACGGGCCAGCCCCCCCUCUCCCUGCCACCCCCACCACAGCAGCCCCCCGACCGAAUGAAUGGAGGAAGCUUCCAGAACACAACGAGCCAAAAUGCCGAUGCCCAGCCUCACAAACUGUCCGCAAGCCCCGGAGCAAAAAACCUGGCUCAUCCAUGUCUUUAACCCCUUCCUUGGGGGUGGGGGUGGGGUUUGUCACGGGACGAGGGUGUGGGCAGAGCAAAAUCAGAAGCUACUGUUACACAUGCCGGCAACCCUAUAAAUAUUUUCUUGUACCAGAAUUGUUAUUAUACAGCCUUCAUUUAGGCUGGUUUCAGCACUUUGCACUGUGAAAUAGCUUUGCAGUGCAUUUCUUCAGCCAGAGGAAUGGACAGACACACACACACACACACACACACACAGUUCUACUGGAUAGUUGCACACAAAUGAGCAAUGGUGUGUGUCACGACUUAACUAGACAUAGUGUAGACCCGAGCUUACUGAAGACGAGCGCUGUCAUUAGCACACAGCAAAUUCGUUCUUUUGAGAUCACACUAACAAAAGUGCCUCGUGAUAAGAAAACAAAAACAAAAGACACAUUCGGUUUUUAGAGUGCCAUACCGCUGAAAUUAAGGCCACUUACCAUGUGACAACUCCAAGGUGACGGAUUUCACCACACACACACACAUAUCGGUGUUUUAACACAGGUGGAUAGAGGACUUCCAGCCCUUAGUCAUUCCAGGUGAAGCUCUAAGUUUUAUAUUCAGACUUUUAAUACCGUUUUUGCGUUUUUUUUUUCUCUUCUGUGUGUGUGACUUGAAUUUUUAAUCCUUCUGUAAAAUACGUAACUUAAAAUGAACGUAUUAUAUGUGUAUCUUUUCUUCAGAUACCAGAUUUGAUAUAACUGUUGUAACAUAGAUGUGUAGAUAGCAACCUGACAGAACCGGCUUCUCUCUCUCUCAUAUUCUCUCUUUUACUCUUUCUCUCUCUCUCUCUCUCAAGGAGAAUAUCACUCUGCAUGGGGACUGAAUGAAUCCAAUCCUGUGUCAUGCCUGUGUGCAUACCCAAGUCAACACUGGAAAUAAAAUUGUUUUGGUGAACCUUG